GUAUUUUCAACAGCAGCUAAUUUUUUUUUUUUUUAAGUGUGUUGCCUUGUAUCUUUCAGUUUUCUGUAUUGACCUUAGUGUUAGGUCACAUAUUUUCUGAGGGCUUUAACAUAAUGUCUAAAAAGUUUAUUCAUGUAAAUGUUUUGCUUUUAGUUCUACUGACAUGAUUAAAAUAAAUAAAGUGAUAAAGAUUUGUACAAUCAAACAUUAAUGGUGUCUGUUGGUGCACAAUAACUUUAAGACGGCAUAGUUUUUAUAAACCUCAAUAUGCACAUUUUCUAUGUAUUUUACCUUAAGAAUAAGAGCAUUUACUGAUGUUAUUUCAGAUAUAAUCUGAUGAGUUGAGGUUGUGACACCUUCCCCCUUCAUGUUUGAGUUUCAUGUGAAAAUCAUCAAGAUUAAAACCUGAUGUGAUGAGAGAGGAAGUGUCUUCAGUCUGGUACCUAACUCAGUGGUUGCACCACAGGUACCAUAGUUUUCCUGUUUCUAAUGGUUAAAUUAUUCAACUAACAACUAUCUUUAAAGUGUAGUGGUGGGCUGUCAGGGCCAGCAAAGUCUUCUCUACUGACAUAAACUUUAUCAAAAUCACUGACUUACAUCUUAACAUUUUCCCACGGAUCUUAUUGAAUUAUUCCCAACAGCCUAUUCUUUUAAUUUCAUGUGUUGUCUGUCUCUCAGCUGUGGUGUUUCUGGCAGUGUAACUUUAUAUUACAACAUUCAUCCAAUCAUAUUUCUGCCAUCAUGUGUUGCCAGAGUCAAAGAAAUCUGCCUGGGCCUUCACAAUGUAAACUGAUUCUAAGUCUUAGGCCGUCUCUGUGGCCAAAGGUAGAAUCCUCAUUUUCAUGUUCUCUGAUUGGACAGUUAGAGAGCUGCUCCAUUUAAAUCAAGUUAGUGGUUCAUGUCCAUGGUUGUGUGAGCUGCGCAACCAAAUUGUCCCCAUUAAUGUUUUGAUCACUAUUUUCAUGUAAACCAUGUUUCUGUCUGCUCUGACCACUCGUCACCUCCUGGUAGAAUUAAAACAGACACAAUAUAAGCUGCCAUGGACAAAAUGUGAAAACAGAAAACUACAUUUUACAUUUGGAAAAAAAGACAAAUUAGCACCAACACAACAGUCAAUGAGGCCAGUGCCCAAGACUCAUCUGAUUGGCUUAGCUGGUGAGUGAUAUCAUCUCCAUCUAGGACCAGAUCAACGAGACACAGACAAGGUUUUAAGAGCAACAGAUCACAGGAAACGACAUCUGAGCUGAUACGACCACGCUGGAGAGAGUUUGCAGAGGAGGUACACUGAGAGAAAUCACCACUUCUGGAUUCAGUAACAGGAGCAGCAGCUACAAUCUGUGGAGAAGACAUCCCUGGUGGACAAACGACUGACAACGAAGAGAUUAAAGAAAGAAACAAAGACUGUGAAGUAAAGUUGGAAACAAGGAAAAUCAAACGGAAGAAAGUCUUGACUUUACCAGAACCAAGAAGACAUAAAGAACACAUAAAGUAGUAUCUGGGAGCAUAAUGGUGUCUUUUGGACCUAAGCUGACCGGUAUCUCUCUGUCAGUGCUGGGCUGGGUGCUGAGUGUGAUCAGCUGUGCUCUGCCGAUGUGGGUGCUCUCCAGCUACAGGAGGGAAUGGAAUAUCUCCAGCUACAGUUAUGAAUACUAUGACGAUAGGGACCCCAGGAUGGAAUGGGUUGGUCUGUGGAUGAGUUGUGAUCCCCAGAGCAUAGGACAGAUACAUUGUUUCGAGCGGUUCCACGAUCAUGAAGUGCAGACCCUCAGAGCACUCUCUGUCCUCGCCAUCAUCUUGGGAGUGGUGGGAGUCUUCAUAAACAUUGUGAGAGCAAAGUGCACCAACUGCAUUCAUAAUGAGAGAGUCAAAGCCAGGUUGAUGGUUUCCUCUGGAGGGAUGUUCAUCACUGCAGCUCUGUUACAACUGGUGCCUGUUUUCUGGAUAGUACUUGACAUCACAAGGUGGUAUCGUGACCCUAGAGAGAAGACCGGAGUGUCUCUGUGUCUGGGUUGGGCCGCCUCCGUCCUGAUGCUUAUUGGAGGGUCCAUUCUCUGCUGCAUCUGCCCUCCAGAAGAAAGACCAAGAAAGUACAACAUACAUGGUCAAAGUCAUGUUGAACACUCUGUGGCUCCGAGGUCAACGGCUCAAAGCUCCAACAUCAAAAUACAUGAUGUGUGA